AUGAUAUCCCUUCUCAAGGAGGAAAACUCUAGCCUCGUUCAUGAAAUUGACGCGGUCAACAACAAGGAAGCAGAUCUUAUCAAGAGGAAUGACGAUCUAGAGAACGAGUUGAAAAUGAGAAUGGCAGAGUAUGAGGACGCGCUAAUCCGGAAAGGAAAGGAACAAGACAAUCUGAAGGACCAACUCGCAGAGAAAGACAGAGAGUGUGAGAGGAACCGAAACAAACUGGAAGAAAUGGAGAGUCAAGCUUCGGACAACGAUUUUUAUUGUGGUUACCUGGAAGGGAAAGUCAAGGCUCAUGAAGCGGAAAGGAAGACAUUGAAGCAGGUGACCAAACAACUCGAAGAGAAGCUGCGAGCCUCACAGCAAGAAUUGUCUGCUCUUGCAAAACACCGUGAUCUCGAAAAAAAUCAUGGAAAUGAGGCUCAGAAGAAGGCCCGCAUCCUGGAAGAUAGAGUUCAGCAGCUUCAACGAGAAAAUGAGAAAUUGAAGGAGAAAUUAGCCAAGAGUGAGCGGGAAGCGGCCUCAGUGAAGAAUUUAGGAGGAAAUAAAAAGAACAGAAUUAACGCUCUGGUUGCAGAGAACAAGGCUCUCAAAGACAGGAUCGCUAAACGAUUAGAUCAAAAUGGAAUCAUCCAGAGCGAAAGAGCUGAAAGGAAGAAACUAGAGACUGAGUUGAAUCAAGUCAAAGGAAAUCUGAAAGAGGCGGAAGAUACCUUGAGUCAGGUACAAGAACGGCUUAAAGAGGCUGAGGCAAAAAGUACACAGGUAGAAAUUCAUCGGCGAAAAGUACUGGAGGCAGAAGCUGAUCGCUGUAUUGAGAUGGAAGAUUUUCCGACAGCAAUAGUUUUCCUAGGAAUUAUAACAAAGGACUAUGAUAAUGUGUUGGAUUGUCGUGUUAAGGAGUUAAGAUGCCACACGGCUCUAGGAAUGGUGGAAGAGGCCCAAAAAAUACUGGACAAUUUACCUGCCGAGUAUCAAGAUGACUGUGAUGUUCUGGUGGAGUCUGCCCUACUUUGUGCCUUUGAUGCUGAGUUAGAAAAAGCUGAAAUGGUUUUGACUCAGGUUCUAGACCGGUGUCCUAACCACGAAAGGGCACUCAAGGGAAGAGAGUUUCUGGAGCAGCGGGCGAUAUGGUACUCUAUUCCAUUGAUGAUAGACGAAUGUGAAUUCGAUGCUAUUUUGGAAAGGAUUACACACGCCCAGUCUCUGGAAUCCUUUUUCCCGCAGAUACGUGUUGACUUGGCCAGAAUGAAAGGGAACGUCUUCUGCAAGCUUGGAAGGCUGCAAGAAGCGUGUGACUGUUUCCUCGCUGUACUGGAUAAGGACGAAGAUCAAGAUGACUGUAGGUUAAGACUGGCAUUGUGUCUCUUGCUGCUGGGCAGACACGGUGAAGCUACGGUCCAUCUUGAGAAACUAGAUGAAGAUCAAGAAGAUGUGGAAGCUUUGAUCGAAGCUGCCGAAACCCUGGAAAGAAUGGAACAUCAUGGCUGCCCCUACGACAUCCUAGGCGUUGCAGAGGAUGCUACUUUGGAUAAGGAAAUAAGAAAGGGCCCCUACAGGAAGCUGGACCCUCAAGAGCCACGCCCUGACAAGGACUUCGUCAAGGACGUCGCGGAUAAGCUGUUCGAAGAUCCCAAGUUUCCCGAUGAAUCCGAUGAUGAAGAAGAUGAUGAGUCAGAACUGUCUGAGGAGGAGGAAGAAUGUGAUGAAGAGGAACUGUCUGAGGAAGAGGAAGAAUGUGAUGAAGAGGACGAAGAGGAAGAAUGUGAUGAAGAGGAAGAAUGUGAUGAGGAAUGA